CGGCCCCGCCCCUGGGCCCCGCCUCCUGCGAGCGGCGGAGGCGGGGCCGCGCGGUUGCCGGAGCGACGCGCAGUGUUUGGGGUCACCGGGUGUCCCCGGGCGCUGCCAUGGCAAGGCCGCAGCCGUGCGGGUCCCCGCACGCUAGGUGCGGCUCGCCGUCGCUGCCGGAGCGGCCGCUGCAGGUGAAGGUGGUGGGGCUCUUCAGCUGCCCCAACUUUCAGAUUGCGAAGAGCGCCGCUGAGAAUCUGAAGAAUAAUCAUCCAUCCAAAUUUGAAGAUCCUAUAUUAGUUCCUCUUCAAGAAUUUGCAUGGCAUCAAUAUCUACAGGAGAAAAAAAGGGAACUCAAAAAUGAAACCUGGGAAUAUUCUUCCUCUGUGAUUUCUUUUGUUAAUGGUCAGUUUCUGGGUGAUGCAUUGGAUCUGCAGAAAUGGGCCCACGAGGUGUGGGAUAUAGUUGACAUUAAACCCUCUGCACUUUAUGACGCACUCACCGAGGAUUUUUCUGCUAAAUUCUUAAGAGACACCAAGCAUGAUUUCGUGUUUUUGGACAUUUGUAUUGAUUCUUCUCCAAUUGGAAGAUUGAUUUUUGAGCUAUACUGUGAUGUGUGUCCCAAAACAUGUAAAAAUUUUCAGGUCUUGUGCACAGGAAAAGCAGGGUUUUCUCAACGUGGCAUAAGACUACAUUACAAAAAUUCCAUUUUUCAUCGAAUAGUACGGAAUGGCUGGAUACAAGGAGGGGAUAUAGUGUAUGGAAAAGGAGAUAAUGGAGAGUCGAUUUAUGGACCAACAUUUGAAGAGCUUUAUGGAAGCUUGAAAAGAAGUGUAAAGAGGCAGAAGGAAAGCAGAGGGGUUGGAAAGAUCGAGAAAUACCGAGAUGAAAACUUUUCAGUUCCUCAUAAUAAAAGAGGAGUACUUGGAAUGGCCAACAAAGGCCGUCACAGCAACGGGUCACAAUUCUAUAUCACACUGCAAGCAACUCCUUAUCUAGAUAGAAAAUUUGUGGCUUUUGGGCAAUUGAUUGAAGGAACAGAAGUGCUUAAACAACUAGAAUUAGUUCCAACACAGAAUGAAAGACCAAUACAUAUGUGUAGAAUUACUGACAGUGGAGAUCCUUAUGCUUGAUUUUCAUAUCAAUAUUUUCUGUGAUAAUUUAUUACUUUGUAUCUGAUCAGCUGUUUGUGGAUUUAAUUAAAAAGUACUUGAUAAAUUGUAAUUUGAAA